UUAGCCUUGCUGCUACCUCACGCUCUUUUUUCUGUAACCCUAGUUUCCUGCUUUUUUUCUAAAACCGAUGGCAUCUUCAGAGAUUGAGUACCGGUGCUUCGUCGGCGGCCUUGCUUGGGCCACAACCGACCUAGCCCUCCAGGAGGCUUUUAGUCCCUACGGCGAGAUCAUUGAAUCGAAGAUCAUCAAUGAUCGAGAGACUGGUAGAUCUCGCGGUUUUGGAUUUGUUACCUUCAACAACGAGAAGUCGAUGAAGGAUGCUAUUGAAGGAAUGAAUGGUCAGAAUCUUGAUGGUCGUAAUAUUACUGUGAAUGAAGCUCAGUCUCGCGGAAGCGGAGGUGGUAAUGGUGGAUACAGCCGUGGCGGCGGCGGUGGAUAUGGAGGUGGUGGACGCCGUGAUGGUGGCUAUGGUGGUGGUGGUGGUUACAAUCGUGGAGGCGGUGGCUAUGGUGGUGGUGGUGGUGGUGGUUACGGUGGAGGCCGGGACCGCGGAUAUGGUGAUGGAGGAUCUCGUUACUCAAGGGGCGGUGGUGCAUCUGACGGGAACUGGAGGAAUUAGGAAGUAGGGAUUAUGGGUUAUGCUGUAUUGGGUUUGUUUGUGAGUUGGGUUUAGUUGUGCCUUUAGGUUGAUCCGUUAGGAAGGAUCCUGUUGUUCCUUAAAUGAUGUGAUGUAGAUCAAAUUUUGAUCCAUGAUUACUUGUGUUUGUGUUAUAGAUCUUGUUUACAAGUUCUAUGAGAAAAUAUCAGUUUCCUAUUUUAUUGGUA